GCAAGAGUCUCGGGGUUGAUGUUUUAAAUUCUUUGAAGCAAGGUGGCAACGCUUCCUACACGUCAGAACGUUUCAUUCAGGAGGCUGUCACCACCCUUGGCAAACAGAUAUCUACACCCCUUCUACAGAAGUUGAGAGACAGCUGCUACUUCUCAAUCCUGGUAGAUGAGACAACUAAUGUUGCAGUCAAAAAGGAACUCAUAAUCUACAUAAGAUACUUGAAAGAAAGUGAAAGAGAAAGUGAGACUCUAUUCAGUGGUAUGUUAGGGCUGUAUGAUGGAAAAACUGAGACCAUUGUUAAAGCAAUCAUCGAUCACCUGCACAGCAACGAUCUUCCAAAGAACAUGUGUGCACUAGGCAGCGAUGGAGCAGCGGUCAUGGUGGGUUCUAGAAAUGGGGUAGCAGCCAAAUUAAAGGAACAAGUCCCACGUCUCCUGAACAACCACUGUGUUGCUCACAGGUUGGCAUUAGCCAGCUCCCAAGCAGCCAACCACAUCCCAUAUCUAAAGAAGUUUAAGGCCAUUGUUGAACAGUUAUACAGGUUUUAUAACUACAGUCCUGUUCGUACAGCUUCCUUGCAUGAAAUUCAGCGAAGAGACUUGGACUACACAGUUGUGAAACCACUGGUGGCAGCAACAAUCAGCACAGUGUCAGCUCUUAAAACCACCCUGGUCAAUAUUUCUCUAAGUUACCUAAAGUAA